UUGGAAGAGACUGGCGUUGGUCCUCCUGUGGGGAAGCGUUAGUGACAGCAGGAGGAGGAUGUUGGAGGAAGCGGCAUUUCAACGUGUGAUCGGAACUAGGCCCUAACUUUGGCUGGCCGUUGGUGGCCUGGCGGUUCCCGAUGACAAGCCGCGCUCCUGUGAUCUCAGGCAGAGCAUUAGAAGAUUUCCAGAAUGUUGGAGUCUUACGUGACUCCGAUCUUGAUGAGUUAUGUGAAUCGUUACAUCAAGAAUCUGAAACCAUCUGAUCUUCAGCUGUCAUUAUGGGGAGGUGAUGUGGUGCUGAGUAAACUGGAAUUGAAACUUGAUGUACUGGAACAGGAGUUGAAAUUACCAUUCACCUUUUUGAGUGGACAAAUUCAUGAGUUAAGGAUUCAUGUGCCAUGGACAAAGUUGGGUUCUGAGCCUGUUGUUAUCACCAUAAAUACUAUGGAAUGUAUUCUAAAGCUAAAAGAUGAUGCACAUAAUGAUCACGAGAGCUGUGGCUCCAGUUCAACUACCCGUAGCACUACAGAGAGCAUAAAAUCAUUAGCUAAAACUCGUCGUGUCCAGCAAGUAACCUCAACUGACCCUGACUUGCCUCCAGGUUAUGUGCAGAGUCUGAUUAGACGUGUUGUUAACAAUGUAAACAUUGUAGUAAACAACCUCAUCUUGAAGUACGUGGAGGAUGACAUUGUUUUGUCGGUCAACAUUACAUCAGCAGAAUGUUACACAGUGGAUGAGUUUUGGGAUCGCGCCUUCAUGGAUAUCUUAGCUCCAGAAUUGGUAUUGAGGAAGGUGAUCAACUUUACCGAUUGUACGGUUUGUCUGGACAAGCGAAAUGCAAGUGGAAAGAUUGAGUUUUACCAGGAUCCUUUGCUCUACAAGUGUUCCUUCUGUACGAGGUUGCACUUCACUUACGACAACCUCAACUCUAAAAUUCCAUCAGUUAUUAAGAUCCAUGCUCUUGUUGAAAGUUUGAAACUCUCUAUCACAGACCAACAGCUUCCUAUGCUUAUCCGCAUUAUCCAACUUGGAAUUGCCCUUUACUAUGGUGAAAUUUGCUCUUAUAAAGAUGUUGACAUGGAGGAAACAGGUCCAAAUAUAAAGGAACCAUCCAUUUCUCAAGUGGGUGGUGAAUCUGAAGCAGGGAUUCAAGGGCAACAUGGAACCCUGUACCAGAAUGCUGAUGUUCAACAGUUUUUGCAGCAUCAAGAUGAUGAUCAAGGAUGGGUGUCUUGGGCAUGGUCCCUUGUUCCUGCACUGGUCAGUUAUUCUGAUGAGGGUGAUGGGAACCAUGAAGUCGACGAAAAUGGCAUUAAAGUAAAUCAUCUGAGAUCAUUGCCUCCCAAGGAUCCAGUGGUCUCUGUUGGAUUCUAUUGCACCAAAGCAACUGUCACUUUCAAGUUGACGGAAAUGCAAACAGAGAGCAGCUAUUACAGCCCUCAGAAAGUUAAAUCCAAAGAAGUGCUUUGCUGGGAGCAAGAAGGAACUACUGUUGAGGUGCUGAUGAUGGGAGAACCUUUCUUUGAUUGCCAAAUGGGUUUUGUGGGCUGCAAGGCUUUUUGCCUUAAGGGAAUAAUGGGUGUGAAGGAUUUCGAAGACACUGCAAACAGAUCUGAAACUGAAGCCUGUUUCUUCAGUUGUGGUGAAAGUUUGAACAGCAAAGGAUUAACAUACCUCACCAAUUCUCUGUUUGAUUACCGAAGUCCUGAAAAUAAUGGUAUCAGGGACGAGUUUAUUUUGGAUGCUGCCCAACACAAGGAGACAUACACAGAGAUAGCUGGUGUGCAGCGUUUUGGAGCUUUCUACAUGGAUUACCUGUAUACAAUGGAGUGCAGUGCUGGCAAAGGUUCAGCGAAUCAACAGCAAGAUGUCUCCAUUAACAAAAAUGAAGACAUGAGCAAUGUCCAAGAGAUGUCAACCAAGCGUCUUGUUGUAGGUUCAAUGGAGCUUCGUCUGGACAGUAGCUCUGUUCACAGAAUACUGAAGAUGGUGGCGUGUGGUCUGAAUCAUGAGUAUGAGCCAUACAGCAAACCUCGCUCAGAUACAGAGGAUGAGAACAGAACGUUACCAAGCCCAGAGGAGGUUGCUGCUUUGGAAGAAUAUAUUCCAACCAGAUUAACAUGUAUUACUGUUUUAAAAUGCACAUUUACAAUUACCCUGGCUGAGUUCAAUCUUCUUGACAACUUACUUCCUAUAAUUUUAGGUCAAAAGCAUUCUGUACCUUAUAUAAAUGCUCCGCAAUUUCAUCCAUUGCGGCCCCUACCUGCCUUGAGAGUACAGGUGGACAAAGUUAGUUUGGAAUAUUCAGUGCCAAUGUAUACUGGACAACUUAUACCCACUGUCAGCAGCCUUAAUCAGCCAUCUGAUAACUUAUUGCACUACUGCUAUGUGCACUGCUAUGUCAAGAUAUUUGGUUUCCAGGCAGGCCUGACCUCCUUGGAUACUGAAGGAUCAUUCUGUCCUUCUGCCCCGGUCAUUCCUUCGUUCAGCACAGCUUUUUAUGGCAAAUUCCUUCAACUUCCGUCAUAUUGGAUGAAACGACCAUUUGUUACAACAUCUGAAUAUAUUUUUGAGUUACCCAGUCUGACUGUACAAGCUACAAGGGCCCAGACUUUGCUGCUGCAAACAAUUUUACAGAGUUGGACACAUAAUCCUGGAGGAUCAGUGUCAUUACCAGUAGAUGAAGCUUUAAUGAAGGACAUCUUCAGACCUUCAGGUGUGAAAUCCCAGAAUCCAUUGCCAACUCUGGAGGGUUCUAUCCAAAACGUUGAGUUGAAAUUCUGUAGCACAUCAUUGGUAAAAUGUGUUUCGGGGACCAUGGGAUCAAUAAAAGCUUGUGCCAAAGCCCCAGGAAGAAGUGAUGGGAUGAAGGAAAAGCUGAUUCCAUUAAUACAAGGACCUUCAGACACAAGAGAUUUGCAUAAGAGCAAAUGGCUGAAUGAAAGUAGGAAACCAGAGUCUCUUUUAGCUCCUGACCUGCUUGCUUUCACUAUCCAGAUUCCUCUGCACAUGGACAGCUAUCACAGCUCUGGGGCUGUUCUUUUGGCCUCAGUCCAAGGAAUUGCAAUCAAUGUGGACCCAAUCUUCUAUGUAUGGCUUCUUCACCAGCCUCAGAAGGGGAAUGUGAAACAUAGACCACAGCAGUCUGCAGGAGCUGUUCAGUUAGUAAUGCCAUCAUCAAGGAAGAAAGAAGAUGAGUUAUCUGUUGGCAGCACACCUCUGCUAAUGCAGCAGUCAAAUCAAGCAUCGGAAUAUGCCAGUAGUCCUGUCAAAACCAAAACUGCAACAGAGUCCAGACCACUCUCUGUACCAAUCAAACUAAUGCAAAGCUGUGAAGAAUGGAGCAGUCCAGAAGAACGAAUGAAAGAGUUUAUUGGAUUAGUCUGGGAUGCUGUCAAACGCCUAACAGUUCAGCUGGAGGUACAGUCAUGUUGUGUGUUCCUUCCGAAUGAGAGCCUACCAUCACCGAGUACAAUUGUGGCUGGUGACAUACCUGGGACAGUGAGGAAUUGGUACCAUACUGAAGAAAGCAUGCCUGGCACUUUGGUUAUCUGCUUGCCCCAGAUAAAAGUGAUCAGUGCAGGCCAUAAAUACAUGGAACCUCUACAGGGGAUCCCUUUUGUAAUUUCAAGGCCCAUUCUUGAAGAAGGCGAUGCUUUUCCCUGGACCAUCAGUCUCAGCCAAUUCAGUGUGUACACUCUACUUGGCAAGUUGAAGUCUUGUAACCUGGUGGAACCCUUGGGCUGCACUUCGACUCUGGCCGUCACUUCGCACAAGAUGCAAGCCUGCAGCUCUGAGACGAGACAUUCUUUUGUCGUCUGCCUGCAUGUGGACCUGGAGUCCCUGGAAGUGAAAUGCUCAAACCCACAGGUGCAGUUAUUAUAUGAGCUGGCGCACAGUAUGAAUAAUGCUUGGGAGAAAAUACAGAAAAAAGGCAUUUUGCGGCAGUCUUCUGCGCAUCCAGAUUCUUCCUUUGGACAAAUGCCAGGGUCACCUGUGAGGAGCAGUGUCAGUACAGCACCACCAGAUGCCAGCACUUGUAGUCCUUCUGCUGAUAUUGGCACCACUACAGAGGGUGAUUCAGUCCAAAUGGUUGAUGAGAGCCCUUUCUCUGACUCCUCCACCCUGGAGCAGAAAACUAGCAACAUUGGUGGGACCACUGGAUGUAUCAGUUUAUGGAUGCAAUGGAUGUUGCCUAAAGUGACUGUUAAAUUGUUUGCACGUGAAUCUGGCAAUAGUGGUACAGAGAUCUGUGUUGUGAGUGAACUCGAAGACUUGAGUGCUUCAGUGGAUAUACAAGAUGUUUACACUAAGCUUAAGUGCAAAGUAGGCAGCUUCAAUAUUGAUCACUACAAAAACAGCCUUGGGGAAGGCCCAUGGUCUCUCGGGCAUUUUGGAGGUGUGGUACUUUCUUGUACUGACAAGCUGAACAGACGCACCCUGUUGAUUCGACCCCUCAGCAAGCAAGAUCCUUUCAGCCAUUUUUCUGGCUUCUUUCCCCCUCAGAUGGCAGCCAAACUUUUAGAAGGCUCCCACCAGCAGCAUGGAUUUCUUUCCCUUACCUACACCAGGGCGGUAACACGAAAUGUCAGACACAAAUUAACAUCGAGAUCAGAACGGGCUUCGCGGAGCUUGCACAGGCUGGCAGAAGGCUUCAUUGACAGUUCACCCCAGUAUCUCCAUGAGAUCCUCCUAAGUGCUCAGCCAUUCGAUGUUGUGCUCUCCUUCUCAUUGAUUCACAAGGUGGCAAGUAUAUUCCAAGCUAAGUUGCCAAAAACGCCGAAGGGGAAGAGGAAAUCAACUGGGCAGCCUAUGAGGGCACAUGCCCUGACAUCACGGGACUUGCCGCUUAUGUACAUCAACACAAGUGUUAUUCGAGUGUUCUUUCCCAAAGGAGAGCAUGAGCAGCAUGAAGGAGGAAGUGCACAGACAAAAGAGGAUACUUUGGUUGUUAAAAUUGGUUCAGUAUCCAUGGCUCCGCAGGCUGAUAAUCCCCUUGGAAGAACAGUUCUGAGGAAGGACAUAUACCAGAAAGCUCUGAAUUUGGGAAUAUUGCGAGACCCAGGAUCCGAAGUUGAAGACAGACAAUACCAAGUAGACCUGCAAUCCAUUACCAUUGGAACAGCCCUCUGGGAUCAGCUAAAGCCUGAAAAGGAAGUUAGCAGAGGAGGACUUUGUGCAGAAAAUGAAAGGAAUUAUCAGAAUCCAGCACUGGAAUGGAAUAUGGCCAGUAGUAUUCGUCGUCAUCAAGAGCGAAGGGCAAUAUUAACUCCAAUUUUGACAGACUUCAGUUUGCGAAUAACAGCUGCCCCUGCCAUUCUUUUUAAAAAACUCUCACCUGAGAAUGCACAGACUGAGGAAAUAGUAGUGUGCGGCCAUUCACUGGAAGUCAACGUUACCACAAGUCUGGAUUUCUUCCUCAGUGUAGCUCAAGUACAGCUCUUACAACAGCUGAUAGAAGCCAAUAUGCUUGGAGUGGUGGUGUCAGACCAAAUGUCAGAGACCUCUCAUCAAGAUCAGAGUAAGAUUACCUCUCCAGAAGGAGCUCCUAUGGAUGCUUCCUCACGACACAGUGGAGCCCGGGACAGUGGUAUUGGAAGUGAUAGUGCACGAAUUCGGAUUGUGCAGAUUGAACAACAGAGCGGAACCAGUCAUCACCGGCUUGCAAGGCCUUCCCGCCAAUCUUCCAUUGUGAAGAAUUUAAAUUUUAUCCCUUUUGAUAUAUUUAUUACAGCUGGUGGUAUCUCACUGAUGACCUAUUCAUUCACAAUUAAUCCCAAAGCAAUGACCCAACAAGAUAGCCAACAGAAGAGAGACACUGACAAAGUCAGCAAGAGUACAUUGAACCUGAAAAGUACUGAGACUGAACAGGUGCCAGAGAAUAAAGUGGGCCAGCUAGAAAUUGCAGUAAUGACAGCUGACGACGUCCUGAAUAGUAAUUCGCCGUUGUCCACCAGGAAGGUUACCAGUCACUUGUCACUGGAGAGUCUCCACACACCAAGCAGAUCUUCAGCUCGCCAGGCUCUUGGAAUCACAAUAGUCCGUCAACCAGGUCGCAGAGGAGCAAAUGAUCUUCAGCUGGAGCCCUUCCUGUACUUGGUGAUAGCCCAGCCUUCAUUACUAAUGAGUUGUCACCACCGGAAGCAGAAGGUGGAGCUAACGUUUUUUGAUGCCACUUUGAAAGCUGUGCCACCAGACUACAAAUGUAUGGAUCCAGGUAAGACCCUUCCAGAAGCUUUGGACUACAGUGUGUUUUGGUUGCAGACUGUUCCAGGGGACGCUGAUCUCAAAGCUGGCAUUCCCCCUCCUCUCCUGUCUUUGCAAAUUAAAGACUUUCUUAAUGGGCCAGCUGAAGUUCAUUUGGAAUUAUCACGUCCCUGGAAGGUCAACUUGAGUCUUGUCAAAUUGGAUCAAGUAACAAAUUUUGUAAAGAGGAUACUGCCAAGAUAUAAUCAUGAGAUCACCUCCAAAGCUGCAGUCUCCCCCAAAAGAGUUUACAAUAAAGAUGAGAUGUUUACAUCAACAUUUGGAGUGAAGAAUGAACCAGGAUCAUUCACCGAGAGAGCAAUUUGUCAAGGAAGCAAUUGGAAAGCCAUGUCAUUUUUUCAGAAGUUUUCCAUCCACACAGUUCAGAUUGUUGCUGUGAUGGAGAUGUUACCUCAUCCCAGAAAGCCUUCUAUUCUGACCUCACUUUCAAGCCUAGAAGGUGCUCUUAACAUACGAGUAGGCCCCAAGCCUACAGGAAUGAUCUUGGGUGCCACAUUUACACUUCAACUGAAGGACUUGCUCAUAAAGACAUGCCUCAAAGACAGGAGUAAGGCACUAAUUGGUCCGUUCUGCUGUUCAAUGCAACUGGAAGCUAAGUGGUGUAGGCACAGUGGCGACCCUGACCCUUUUCACUCCAUUCCAAAAGUGCUGGUUGACGUGAAAGCUGGGCUGAUUCAGAUAUUCUGGGGCCAAGAGCAUUUGAGCUGCCUGAAUCUGCUACAUGAACUUCUCCAAGGCUAUCUCAGGCAAGAUGCCAAGUCACAGAUGUCAGACCACACACAGCCACCACCAUCUAUCAUGGGCAGACACCAGGCUUUCAAUACUGAACAUAGUUCUGAUGAUUUGAGAACUGGGCAGUUUCAAUAUAUACAAGAUGCAGAUGCACAAAAGUUGCCAAAUAUUUUUGAAGUUGUGUUUUACAAUGAGACUGAUGAGCAUCCAGCGAUGAUGAUGUGGAGAUAUCCAGAACCCCGAGCCCUGACUCUUGUUCGAAUUAAUCCAGUGCCUUUCAACACUACAGAAGACCCGGACAUCAGCACAGCAGAUCUUGGGGAUGUCCUUCAGGUACCAUGCAGCCUAGAGUACUGGGAUGAACUUCAACAAAUAUUUGUGGAUUAUCGUGAAUUUAGCUUGUCAGAAAGCAAAGCGUGUGAGCUACAGCUGCCUAACGUCACAUUGGCUAGUGAUCAGAAGGAGCUGGUAGCUUCUGACCUGUGGAGGAUAGUUCUUAAUAACAAUCAAGAAAUUGCUGAAGAGCAGAGCAGUGAUGGAGAGUCCGGCUCUCAGAGUAUCUGUGAUCAGCUUGUGUCUCCAAUGGCCUUGGCAGCCUGCACCAGGGUUGAUUCUUGUUUUGCCCCAUGGUUUGUUUCUUCUCUUGGUAUCUCAUUACGGCUUGCUCAAAUUGAAUUUCACCUUUGCCAUCAUUUGGAUCAGCUAGGUACAGCUCAACCCAGCUGCCUCCAGACAUUCAUGCCUGAUAGAAAGUUGCCUUCUGAGCAAGAAUACAUGGUGAUUUCUCUGAAAAAUCCAAAUGUCUACUUGCGUCAGUGGUCUGACGGACCAGUCUGCCAGGAAUUCCAGUUCUCCACCACUGUCAAAUGUAACUUGCUGGAAUACCGCAACCUCACCAUGCUCAACAUUAUAAAACCCUUCAUUCUUCAUGGACAAGUGGCCAUCAGCAACAGCUCUGUGGAGCAACUAUUGGAUGGAAACGUGUUUAUUGAUCCUGUGUUUAUCAAUGUGGGGCAGCAUGCAAUCCAUUCAUUGGACACAGCAAUCCGUGCUUGGAAGCAGAACCAACAUCCAGAGGCAGAGGAAUUGGUCUUCAGCCACUUCGUGAUAUGUAACGACACCCAGGAGACAUUGCGGUUUGGCCAGGUGGAUACUGAUGAAAAUGUUCUAUUGUCUAGCCAGCAUAGCCAUCAGUACAGUUGGCGUUCCCACAAGUCCCCGCAGCUGUUGCACAUCUGUAUCGAGGGCUGGGGAAACUGGCGCUGGUCCGAGCCAUUCAGUGUGGACAACAUAGGCACAUUUGUUAGAAGCAUCCAGUACAAGGGAAGAACAGCAUCACUGAUCAUCAAAGUGCAGCCACUUAACAGUGUGCAAAAACAAAUAUUAAUUUGUGGGAGGCAAGUCAUUUGCAGCUACUUGAACCAGGAUAUAGAACUGAAGGUGGUGCAGUGUUGCAGUGGGCAGGAUGGACAAGAGUCAAUCAAAGAGCACCUUAGCACCUUACCAGCAAAUCAGAAGAUACCAUCUUUUGUUCUUGAGAAUGCAGAGUUCACUCAUUUGUACAUCAAGGUUAAAGGGAAAGAUUUAGACUGGUCAUCAAAUGUAUGUCCAGAAUCUCUUCAGUCCGACGACAGCACUGUCAUUCAGGUUCCAGAUUCAAACAGCUCUAUGUUACAUGUGUGGUGCUCUUCUCUGAGACUGGAUGCAGAAUCUUCUGUGCAACAGAGAAUGCUGGUAUUCAGCCCUCUGUUUGUCAUGAGGAGCCACCUCCCUGAUCCCAUUAUUCUACACGUGGAGAGGCGAAGCUUGGGUUUAAAAGACCCCCAACUCAUCAUGGGAAAAGGACAGGAAGAGUCACUUUUAAAUGUGGAACCAGAACUUGUGCACCAUUUGACAUUUCAAGCAAGGGAGGAAGAUGAAGCAUCGCAAUGUGCUGUCCCAAUUUCAACAGUCCUCAUUAAACAAAUCACACGUGGACCACAGAGAGAAUGCAGUGCCAGCAAGUUACUUGCAGAGUUCUACAAAGUGGGCACUGAUGCUUGCCUUGCCUGGCCCUACAUAACAAAGGAAACUGGCAGCAGAAACAGCAGUGAGGCUCUUGCUCAGUGGGACAGCCCUAUGCAAGUUAAACUGUCUGCCUGGAAGCCCUGUCUCAAUACGCUUCUGGUUGAACUGCUACCCUGGGCCUUGUUUGUCAACCAGUCGAAAUGGGACCUCUGGCUAUUUGAAGGUGAAAAGAUAGUUGUGCAGAUACCAGCUGGAAAAGUUAUUGUACCACCAAACUUCAAGGAGCCUUUUCAGAUUGGUAUCUACUGGGCCAGUACCAACACUGUACAUAAAUCCACCGCGAUCCGGCUUGUGCACGACAUCACUUCCCCCAAGUGGCAGGAUUAUCCCACUUCUGACGUCAUCACGCUGGACGAGGAAGGAUUUGCUGAUGUAGAUGUAAAACUAGGUGCUUUUCCAGAUCAUCAGAAGUUGUGUCAGUUCUGCAUAUCUUCAGUAGUACGACAUGGCAUACAAAUCCUUGUGAUUGAAGACAAGACAAUCUUAAUUAACACCACUGAUCUCAAAAUCUAUUAUCGUCCUGUGCUCAUCUUCCCGGAGCAAGCAACACAGAGAGAGUGUGAUUACAUGCCAGAGAGUGCUAUAUUUAGCCUUCCAGCAGCAAGGUCCCAAUCUCCUGGUGUGCCCACUUCCAUUCCUUGCUGGGACUUCGUUGCUGGUGGAAUUUUGUCAGAAUUAAAUGAUCCAUUGCCCCAGAAGCAUCUUCUGCUCAGUUACUCUUCACGUGUUGGGGCAGGCAGCUGUCAGAACUGGAGCCUGCCACUUGUGAUUAGGCAGGAUUUUCCAAGACAAAGUGUAGCCGUGCCUCUUGGGGAUUCCACUGAAAAUGGAUUUUGUUCCAGAGCUGUAGUGAUGACUUAUCAGGAGUACCUCGGUGUCAACUAUGUAACUAUUAGUGAGGAUCCCAGCCCUCACAUGGUCAUUCACAACAGAUGUCCUGUGGCAAUCAUGAUGAAAGAAAAUAUCAAAGAUGUCCCAAAGUGCACAGUUUACUGUCGGAAAAUCCCCAGUGAAUCUUCAAUUCACCAUGAACUUUACCAUCAUGUAUGGAAUUUUCCUGACUGCAAAACUGAAGACAGCCUUCCUGGAGUCCAUCUCAGCAUGACGUCGUCGUCAGAUCUCCCAGAGGAAUGGAGUGACAUCAUUGACCUGAACAGUCCUGGGACUCAAGUAGUGUUUCUUCCUGGUUACGGCUGCGUGUAUGUGGACAUCAUUCAUGACUCCAGCACCAUAACCAUGACCAUGGCACCAGAGGGCAGAGCUGGCCCUGUUAUGACCAGUCUUCAUGGGAUGCUAAAAAAGGCUGUUGCACUGCGAGUGCUCGUUACUCAGGCAAGUCUGACGAUAAAUGAUGAUGUAACCUAUCAGUGUAAAUCAUCAGAACUGCUGAGGCUGACGUUGGACAACAUUCUGUUGAACCUUGCACCGCUGGUGAACCGCUCGAGGCCUCUGGCACGGGAAUUUCGAGCAGAGCCCAGUCAUGGCCUUUCAGAGCUCUACAUGCUGGAAGUGUGCAUUGGGGACCUGCAGAUUGACAACCAACUUUAUCACAGGACCAGCUUUCACUUCCCUGCCCUGCUGUGCCAGGAGUUGAAAUCUGAAAGCCCACAGUGGAGAACUGGCUUCAGUUCAACACUUUCAGUCAAAGACCUUGAUGAAUACAAGCACAAGUGUUUUCUAAAAGCUUGCAUCCAACUGAGAGAACAGAACUUUAUGUUCACCAUGAAUGAAAUUAACUUUGAAUUGAAACCUGCCAGGCUCUAUGUGGAAGACACAUUUGUUUAUUAUGUAAAAACUCUGUUUAACACGUAUAUCCCUGACACUGGGGUGAACCAAAAGCAAACAAGGAUAUCGUCUGUUUCAGCAGCUGACCUCUGCGUGCCUGAGCAAGUAAUGAAUGCAACGCAUGCACUAGUGAAUCCGAUCAAACUUCAACGAUUGACCAUCCAGGCUGUGAGCUUGCUCGUCAGUGUCCAUGCCUCCAUAAAGCUAUACAUUGCCUCGGAUCAUGCUCCUCUUUCCUUCUCACUCUUCGAGAGAGGGCCUAUCUACACCACUCCAAGGCAGCUGAUCCAUGCACUCGCCAUGCACUAUGCUGCAGGAGCAUUAUUUCGAGCAGGCUGGGUCGUUGGCUCUCUGGAAAUCCUUGGAAGUCCAGCUAAUUUGGUGCGAAGCAUAGGGAAUGGGAUAGCAGACUUUUUCCGGCUUCCGUAUGAGGGAUUGACCCGUGGUCCAGGAGCCUUUGUCAGUGGAGUCUCCAGGGGAACAACUUCUUUUGUAAAACACAUUUCCAAAGGUACUCUGACAUCGAUCACUAAUCUAGCUACAAGUCUGGCCAGGAACAUGGAUCGGUUGUCCCUGGACGAAGAGCACUAUACCCGGCAGGAGGAAUGGCGCAGGCAGCUUCCAGACAGCCUGGGGGAAGGUCUGAAGCAGGGAUUGUCCCGGCUGGGAAUCAGUCUGCUAGGUGCCAUUGCUGGUAUUGUGGAUCAGCCAAUGCAGAAUUUCCAGAAGACAUCAGAGGUUUCAGCUGGCCGCAAAGCCAAGGAUGUCAUCUCAGGAGUGGGCAAGGGGAUUGUGGGAGUUCUCACCAAACCAAUAGGUGGGGCUGCGGAGCUUGUCUCCCAGACUGGCUAUGGUAUUUUACAUGGAGCUGGACUUUGUCAACUUCCCAAGCAGAGGUUUCACCCCACUGAGCAGCAGACUGACCAGGCCCCAAACAGCCACGUCAAAUAUGUCUGGAAAAUGCUCCAGUCUUUGGGCAGACCUGAAGUCUUUAUGGCCCUGGAAGUUGUAAUAGUGAGCAACUCCGGACAGGAAUACCAAGGAUGCCUUCUGCUCACCUCUGAGGUGCUGUUCGUGGUCAGCGUUAGCGAGGAUACACAGCAGCAGGCAUUUCCAGUCACCGAGAUCGAAUGCAGCCUACAUCCAAAGACAGAGAACUUACUCUACAUCAUGCUCAAACAACAAAGGGUAUCUUAUGACAGUGAGGGGGAUGGUAUCCGAGAGAGGCUUUCUGAGCAGCAGUAUGAGCGACUGGUGGACUAUGUCACAAGGACGUCGCAUUUCAUCAUUCCCAGCAGUGCAGCCAUGCAGCAGGCUGCCCAGGUGGUUGUGGCUGAUCCUCCAGCUGUCAAGACCAAAAUUUACCAAUAUCUGGUCGAUCAGCACUUUGGAAGUGUAUUUGUGAGCAAGUUUGCUAUGGUGAAAAACAAGGCACUGCGAAAGGGAUUUCACUAGCCCCACAUCGGUGGCGAAGUCAAAGAUAAUUAUUUUCAAGCAAUGCAAAAUGCUGACCUCUAUCUGAUUUAAUGUUCUUAGCUAGAUUCAGUUAAGUGCACCAGAAUUCAUUCAUAAGAAUCUUUAAUUAAAUGUGUGAUCUGGGUCAGUUUAUUUAUGGGAAUUUAGUUAAUUUGCCUAUCUUGAUAAGAAGUCCAGUUAAUCAAAUAUGUAAAUACUAUGAUUAAUGGAAAGGGUGUGGCCACUGAUGCUAUUAAUACCCUGGUACCUUUUGAUACCCUGGAACACUGAGGUAAUUCUGCCAGCUGCUGUCACCUGUUAGGUUUUAUUAUUCUCCAAUACUCAUUUCAGCAAAAAGAAUUGGUAAUAUAACUGAAAAUAUUUAAGAUAAAUAAAUUUUAAAGUGAGAAUUGAAUUGCAUACAUGUAUUUGUUUGAUUGGUUGGAGGAGAAGUUUGGCUGGAUGGAGAUGCAGUGGCGUUUGUGGUGGCUGGCAGUGGAGUGGGAGAGGAACUCAAUGCUCGAGCUUCAAAACUUGCUGCAAAAGUUUAAGGAUCCCUUAUCUGAGCACUCAAAAUUCAAGUUCAAAGCUAAAAGAAAAUGUAUCAUCAAAGUACAUGUAUGUCACCAUAUGCAACACGGAGAUUCAUUUUCUAGCGGGCAUACUCAAUAAAUCCAUAAUAGAAUAAUAACCGUAAUAGAGUCAGUGAAAGACCGCAUCAACUUGGGUGUUCAACUAGUGUGGAAAAUACAACAAGCUGUCCAAGUACAAAAAGCAAGAAAUAAUAAUAAAUAAGCAAUAAAUAUCUAGAACAUGAGAUGAAGAAUCUUUGAAAGUGCAUCCAUUGGUUUUAGGAACAUUUCAAUGAUGGGGCAAGUGAAGUUAUCCCCUUUGGGUCAAGAGCCUGAACGUUGAGG